AUGGCUGGUUUAAGCCGCCUCACCAGGCCCAGAGUCAGACUGAUUGGACUCUGGGUCUGGGUGAGGCUGCACAACUGUGCCCCACCACGCGGCACUGGUCAGGAGGAGCCCGAUAAAAGCCCCCCCAGGGUGGAGUGCGGCGGCCUCCUGGGUGGUGUGCAGCAAACCGACAACGUCACAAGCUUGUACAUCGAGUCCGGGCAACAGACGCCCGAGUGGAGGGAAAAAAGAAAGAGGAGAAAAAUCGAUGGCUCGUAUCAAGUUAUUAUCGAUGGCCUGGGAGCGCUGCCUCCCCUGGACUUUGAGCGGAAGCGGCAGUACAGUCUGCGCGUGCAGGUGGAGAACGUCCACCUCAACCCCCGGUUCUUCGCCGCCGCGCCGUUCCGCGACGACGCCACGGUGAAGGUGCAGGUGGAGGACGUGGACGAGCCGCCCGUGUUCGAGCGCCCGAGCUACGUCAUGGAGGUGAAGGAGGACGCCGCCAGGAGCACCGUCAUCGGCUCCGUCAGCGCCUCCGACCCGGACGCCCUCCACAACCCCGUCAGAUACUCCAUUGAUCGGCGGACGGACAUGGACAGAGUGUUCAACGUGCACGCGGGCAACGGCUCAGUGUUCGUCCUGAGGGAGCUGGACAGAGAGGAGGCCGCCUGGCACAACAUCUCCAUCAUCGCCACCGAGUUCAACGCCCCUCGCCAGAUGACCCGUGUCCCCGUCUUCAUCCGGAUCCUGGACGUCAACGACAACGCCCCCACCUUCGCCACAAACUACGAGACGUUCGUCUGUGAGAACGCCCGAGCCAACCAGAGGAUACAGACGGUGAGUGCCAGCGACCCAGACAACCCCAUAGGAGGGCACCGCUUCGUCUUCAGCCUGGCGCCGGAGGCCUCGGGCAAGGCCAACUUCUCUGUGCGUGACAACAAAGACAACACGGCGUGGAUCCUGACGCGGAGGAACAGCUACCUCAGCCUGCAGCGGAGCGUGUACCUGGUGCCCGUGGUGAUCUCCGACGGCGAGUACCCCAUGCUGAGCAGCACCAACACGCUGACCGUGCGCGUGUGCACGUGCGACCGCGACGGCAACAUGCAGCUGUGCAACGCCGAGGCGCUGGCGGCGAGGGCGGGACUCAGCACCGGCGCCCUGGUGGCCAUCUUGCUCUGCUCCAUCAUCCUGCUGAUGAUCGUGGUUCUGUUCGCCACCCUGCGGAGGCAGAGGAAGAAGGAGCCCCUGAUCAUCUCCAAGGAGGACGUGCGCGACAACGUGGUGAGCUACAACGACGAGGGUGGCGGCGAGGAGGACACCCAGGCCUUCGACAUCGGCACGCUGCGCAACCCCGAGGCCAUCGAGGAGAGCAAGCAGCGCCGGGACAUCGCCCCCGAGCCCUUCUACCCGCCGGUGCGCCGCCCCGUGCCGCCGCCGCCGCCCGCCUGCGACCCCGGCCACGGCCACAACGGGGACGUCCGGGAGUUCAUCAGCCAGCGGCUGCAGGACAACGACGGGGAUCCCACGGCGCCGCCCUACGACUCGCUGGCCACCUACGCCUACGAGGGCAGCGGCUCGGUGGCCGAGUCCCUGAGCUCGCUGGAGUCGGUGACCACCGACGGCGACCAGGACUACAACUACCUGAGCGAGUGGGGGCCAAGGUUCAAGAAGCUGGCGGACAUGUACGGCGCCGACGACAGCGACAGGGACUCUUAACGGCGGACGCUGAACCAGCGGCAGUGGGCGA